GCGCCUGCGCUCAGCUGCCUGGGCGGGCUGGGAGGCGCGCGUUGAAAAGUCUCGUUCCAAGUUUGGAGAGAGAGAGAGAGGAGCGCGCCUCAGACCUCGGUACCCGCGAGCGGGGAGGCGGCAGCAAAGGAGGACGCGGCGUCUGGGGAGCCCCCGGGCCGUGCGGCGGAGCUCGGGCUUCCAGGGCUGGACGUGGGGGACGCGCCCGGGAGAGGCAGGGGCGCCUGCGGCUGGGCUGCGCUCGGCUAGUGAGGGGAGUCCGAGGCGGCGGCGAGGGGCGAACGACCCGACGCAAGAUGGCGAGUAAAGAGAUGUUUGAAGAUACUGUGGAGGAGCGUGUCAUCAACGAAGAGUAUAAGAUCUGGAAGAAGAAUACACCGUUUCUGUAUGACCUGGUUAUGACCCAUGCUCUUCAGUGGCCGAGUCUUACCGUUCAGUGGCUUCCUGAAGUGACUAAACCUGAAGGAAAGGAUUAUGCCCUUCACUGGCUGGUGUUGGGGACCCACACUUCCGAUGAGCAGAAUCAUCUCGUGGUUGCUCGUGUUCAUAUUCCAAAUGACGAUGCCCAGUUUGAUGCUUCCCACUGUGACAGUGAGAAGGGUGAAUUUGGUGGCUUUGGUUCUGUAACAGGAAAAAUUGAAUGUGAAAUUAAAAUCAACCACGAAGGAGAAGUGAACCGUGCUCGUUAUAUGCCGCAGAAUCCUCACAUCAUUGCAACAAAAACACCAUCUUCUGACGUGCUGGUUUUCGACUAUACAAAGCACCCUGCUAAGCCAGACCCAAGUGGAGAAUGUAAUCCUGAUCUUAGACUAAGAGGUCACCAAAAGGAAGGCUAUGGUCUUUCCUGGAAUUCUAAUUUGAGUGGACAUCUCCUAAGUGCAUCUGACGACCAUACUGUCUGUCUGUGGGAUAUAAAUGCAGGACCAAAGGAAGGCAAGAUUGUGGAUGCUAAAGCCAUCUUUACUGGCCACUCGGCCGUCGUGGAGGACGUGGCCUGGCACCUGCUGCACGAGUCUCUCUUCGGAUCUGUCGCGGAUGAUCAAAAGCUCAUGAUAUGGGACACCAGGUCCAACACCACCUCCAAGCCGAGUCACCUGGUGGAUGCGCACACCGCUGAGGUCAACUGCCUGUCGUUCAACCCCUACAGCGAGUUCAUUCUCGCCACUGGCUCUGCAGAUAAGACUGUAGCUCUUUGGGAUCUGCGUAACUUAAAGCUCAAGCUCCAUACCUUCGAAUCUCAUAAAGACGAGAUUUUCCAGGUCCACUGGUCUCCACAUAAUGAAACCAUUCUGGCUUCAAGUGGUACUGAUCGCCGCCUCAAUGUGUGGGAUUUAAGCAAAAUUGGAGAAGAGCAAUCGGCAGAGGACGCGGAAGAUGGGCCUCCAGAACUCCUGUUUAUUCAUGGAGGACACACUGCCAAGAUAUCUGAUUUCAGCUGGAACCCCAAUGAGCCGUGGGUCAUUUGCUCGGUGUCUGAGGACAACAUCAUGCAGAUCUGGCAAAUGGCUGAAAAUAUAUACAAUGACGAAGAGUCAGAUGUCACCCCGUCGGAACUGGAGGGGCAAGGAUCUUAAACCCAAAGUGAAAGAAGUGUUUCUAUUGAAUGUAAUGCUCCGUGAAUGCUUGGUUUAUCAAGCGCCAAAAAGGCAUUGUAUAGUAGGAAAUCUAAGUGGGAUGGCAUAUGGCGUUCUUUACUUCUGAUUCUAGCACUUUCCAGUGAGCUGUUGCGUACUGUAUCAUAUUGUAGCUUUUAGGGAAGACAGGAAUGUUGCUUAAGAAAGAACAUCACAGUUAUUGUUUUAAAAUACAAGUUAGCAGGGUACUGCUUUUGAUUCAACUAUUUUAAGUCGUUGUUUUCUCAAACUAAGUGCUUGCUGUUCCCAGAUAUGCAAGAGUUAACUUUUACACUUUUUCCCUCCAACACUUCUUGAUUGGCUUUGCAGAAAUAAAGUUUUAAAAUAAAUUUUGUUUUAUUCUUCUAGAACCUGGGUAGGGAGGGGUAUGUCCGUCUGGCCAUGUGUCCAUUUCUUGAGUGGAAAUGGGGACAGUUUUACUUUAUCCCCCGUUUAUUGGACUCAUUUUUAUAAGUGAGGCGGCCAUUGUGCAUCUUGGUUGAGGACUUGCUUUCUUUCCAGGAUACGUGACCGUCUCCUGCUCGAAACCUGAGUUAGGGGUCUGUACUUUGUGUUUUGUGAUACACACCCCUAGACCUACCUUAACUCCUAUCACUUAACCCGUAUCCUGUUUGCAAGUUACCUCGGGCAGCUUUAAACACUGGCUCUUUCUCCGAAAGCGUGAACGGUUUUCACUUACACGGCACAGGUCAGCGGGCAGGCCUGCUGUACCGGACGGAAAGGCCGGCCCCGCAUGCUCGGUCCCAGGCGCAUCAGUACUUCGUGCUCCUCGUCCAGUGGGUGCCAGUGCGAGUCUGUAGGUGCGCCCUGCUGAGUGCUGCGAACAGCCCUGGCUGGAGACAUCCAUAGUCCUUGUAGUUUCUUAGCGCUUUGGCGGCAGCUGCAGUUAGAAUGUAGAGUUUUUUCUAGAGUUCUCUGUUUUAAAGGUUCAGGAAAAGGUACUAUACGAGUCUGGCAGCAGGGAAGAGAUCAGCCGCCCAGUGCAAGGGUGCCCGGGCCGCCCCUUACUCACAGUGCCUGAGAACGAAUACUUUUUCAGACCCAAGAAACCCAGGGAACUACAACUGCUGUCGACCUUGAUUGACUUGCUUGAUAAUACAAUUACGGUCACAUAACAAAAUCCACAGAAGCUGUUAAGUUUAUCAUACAUAUUUACUUCAUCUAUACAGAAUCGAGUAGAUAAAAUCAGAUUCACAUUAGUGAAAAAUCUCUACAAAAUGUCUUUGAAAAGCAAAACAAGACUGCCUCUUAACAAUUCGUAUCCUCAUGAAAGACGUGGGCUGUAAAAAUAAAGCAGUGUGUUUAGCA